AUGUCUCUUCUUCCAUUAAGUAACUUAAAAUACAAAAUGUCUGUAUUUGGAGUCAAAGAAUGGUGAAGUGUGCAGUGUGGGACUGAGGAAGAAUACGAUGUUAGGUCAAUGUGCAGAAUGGAGUCCGGAAAUAUCAUUGUUGGAUCACUACAAGGUAUCAUUAGGGGGUAUAAACCUCAUCGUGGCGAUUUUUCACCUGAUGAUUUGCUGUUUGAAUCAAGAUUAGAUAGCAUUUUGCAAGUAGAAGCAGGGUUGUUUUCACACUCUCAGCAAGAAACUAUUGCAAUUUUGCACCCAAGAUCGUUAGAAGUAUCCGUUAUAGCAAACUCAACUCUAAGACAAGUAUAUGAGCAUAAAUUGCAAAGAAAUGCAUUUAACUUUACAUAUGGAAAAUUCGGAAGUUAUAACAGAGAAGGACGAGAUUUUAUAUGCAUCCAGUCAUCAGAUGGGGCUUUAGGAUUCUAUGAACAAGAAAACUAUAUUUUUGCUGUUCAAUUACCUGGAUUUCUAACUCCAGGACCUUUGUUGUAUUGUCCUUCAAACGAUUCGUUUUUGCUUUGCAAUGCCAAUAUGCAAUUAGAAUGCUACAGAUAUGCUAGACUUAGAGAUGCAUAUACAAGCUAUCAGCAAGGCCAGUCAGCUACAUUUGAGGCUGAGUGGAAAAUUAUACUAGGAGAAUAUGCACAGGAAAUUAGAGCUACUAAAAGGCAAGGCAACGUAGAUGUGUAUGUGCUAGGAGAGCAUACUUUAUUUGGAAUCAAAAUCAAUGGAAGCUUAAAAAUACAGAAAAAGCUCGAUUAUGUGCCGAGCUGCAUGUGGGCUUUUGAAGAAGAUUCAGUAUUAAUUGGAAGCUUUUCUGGACAUUUAUUGGUAUAUAAGAAUACAAAACUUUUAUGAGCUGCAAAAAUGACAACAAUACCAGUGGCAAUCCGGGUAAUUGAAUUAGAAAUGCCAGGCUUGAUUUUGUCGUUAGAGGAGCAUGGAAAGCUCGAUGUGAGCUACUUAGGGACUUCUCCUAUGCCUUAUAGUGUUGUUCCUGUCAAUAAAACACAAGAUUAUGCAAGUAUGGAUAGGGAAUAUAGAAAUGUCAUUAACUCUCUUUCAGAUUCACCAAAUAAACUAGAGCCUUCAAUUAAAUUGAUAAUUAUUCCACAAGUUCCCAAAACACCUGAAAGAGAUAUGCAUACCUUUGAAGGCUUUGCAAGUGAUGAUGAAGGAACUAUAGUCACAAACGUAAAAAUUGGGCUUAAGUAUGAUGGGGAUGUAGCAAAAAAUGUUUGUGUCCAAAUUGAGGUUCCUUUUAAUAUAGAAUGCCCUGACAAUCCUAUACACAUAGAGGAAUUGCGAGGAACUGUGAAUAUCCCAAUAAGGUUUUUAACAAAGCCUCAUAUACCUUGUUCCCAUUUAAAUGUUAAUUUAAAUGCAACUUAUUUUGUCAACGAAUCACCUAGAGUCUCAACAGUAUCCUUUCGACUUCCUCUUCUGCAGGUAAUAAUUAAUAUGGUGGCAGAAUAUGUUCUUGCAGACGAACUACUUUAGCGCCAAAAUGGCUCUAUAGCCUUAAUCAGGUUCAGGCCCUUUGAUUCUAACCCCAAGCUUGUUGUAUGAAGGCUGUUGGAGUUAGUGACCUUGGGAGUCAGCUUUUGGCCAUUCCAGCCCAGGUAUUAGUUAUCUGGAAGGUUUUUGUGUCACGGGUUUCUUUUUCUGCUUAUUCCAGAAGGCCUUGGUUUUUUCCUGGGGUGCUACCUCUCCAAAGAUGGCCGGCAGGAGGUAUCGGGAUAGCCUUUACCUCCAUAGCACUCUAUGGCGCACUGGAAGGGCGUCUUCCUAACCCGUCGAGACUCUUGGGAAUCACAGUGAAAGCGCUCUCCUAGAGGAGAUUACUGUUCCAAAUAGCGGUAAAUUUCCGCCCAGCAAGCAGGCUGGCGUUGGUCAAAAGUAUGCAGAGGUAUCAAAUUUGGAAGACGCUAAGACUCUUAAUUUAAUUCUGCAGGUAAGCACUCUAAUAAAGCCUAUAAAAACCGCUGAUUUCAAAAUCACACUUAAAGCCAGACAAACGUUGAAUCAGCUUAAAGAAAUUUUUUUCGAUGUCGCAUUGCUGAGUCCCAAUGCCAUUACUUUUCAACUGUUUAAUGGAGAGCAUGUGACUGCAAUCAUUGGCAAAACUGGAGAGAGAUUUAGAAUUCAAUCGUCUCACUUCCAUACCCUUUGGCUGAUGGUAGAAGAAAUCUGUUUAAGAGUCGGGCAUGAAAAAUUAGCAUUUGAAGAGCCGCUUCCAUUCCAAGAUUUAUUCCAAAAUGUUGACUCACACUUUGAGGCGAGAAAACAAUUAAAAGACGAAGAAGAUAACUUAGGAAAGCUGUGCGAACAAUACGCAGCUAUCCAAAAAAGACUUUUAGUGAGGUUUAAAGAUAAAAACCCAGCGCCGCUAAAUAAUUUGGAUUAUUUAUUACAUGUAACACAUUCCCAAGUUAUGGCAAGGGCAGAAAACGUAGAAACCUUGCAAGAGCAGCUGUUGAUAGCUUCACAAAAAUUAAGUGCAAGCAUAAACUUGGCUUUGUUACUGUUGAGGAUGAGAUUUAAUUUAGAUAAUCAAAGUUUUGAGGUAUUAAGCAGACAUUUAAACCCAUUUGUAAUGAAUGGAGAGCCUGGGUGGCAAGAAGCAACAAACGUAGCUAUGACUUGAUUAUUGAAAAGCGUUCUAGCGAAAAACGAAAAAGAGGCAAAUGCACAAUUAGGGAAUUUAAGCUUCCCGACUUCAACAGAAAAAUUGAAAAAGCAUAUAACUAUUGUAUGUGAUAGGCUAGCUAAGGGAGGCAGACUUAUAAGAGAGUAA